AUGACCGUACAACAAGGCUUAAGACGAGGGAUCCUGUGCCGUCGACGCGACUUGUUCAUUGCACGGAUUCCUCAAGGAUCACCACACCACGCCGGUAUUUCAGCUAAACGACUCGGCUGCUCAUCCCUGCCUUCCCAGGAAAGGCUUUCCCGGGUGACAUUUUCCACCAGAGAAGCUCUUUACACCUGCGGGGAGACUUUUAAAGCGCGCUCGGCCAGAGCAGCGCCGGCGCUCUCCCUCCCGACCUCUGAACCGGAGGGCGCUGGCAGCCCGCUCUCCCCACGCACACGCGGGCCGGUGGAGGCUUGCGGGACUCGGACGGCCCCCACCACCCACGGCCCCACGCUGCGUGACGGGCGGAGCUCGUCCCCUCGCCCUGCCGCUCCUUCCCUCAGCGACCCACCUCGCCCACUCGCAGCAGGACCUCGAGGCGCGCCCCUGGGAUCUCGAGGCCGAGCGGGAGCCCCACCGCCACCUCCGGCCACGCGCUGCUUUACCGUGUCGCACCGCAGCCGCCGGGGGGGGAAGGGGCGGGACACGCGUGGGACGGCUGCUCCGCCGCCGCCAAGCCCCCGAGCGGAACGGCGGGGGGAGGUCCCCGCCCCCGCGGGAGCCGCAGCUGCCCUCAGCGGGCGGCGCUUGCGGUCACACGCACCCACGGAUAUCACCAUCCCCCCCCCCCCCCGCAAGGGGCGGAGAGGAGCCGAGAGGAGCGGGCGAGGCGGCAGCGCGACCAGCACCCUCCCACACACACUCCCGCGGCGAGGGAAGCACCGCGGCCGCCAAGGUGGAGCUUUUAAAGCGCCCGCGCCCCUUCCGGGCCGCUCGGCCACGCGUGGGCGUGGCGUGCCCUCGCUGAGGGGAGGCCGCUGCGCGCGGGCGGCCGCGAGGGGGCGCUGGGGGGGGGCGAGGAGGAGCGUGAGGGGAUCCGCUGCCGCGGGCGGGCGCCGAGUGACCGGUAGGCGAGGGAACCGUUCUCUGCCGUGCCCGAACACUCUUAAACAGAAAAAAAAACCCAACCAAACCAAAAAAAAAAAUCCGUUUUUGAACGGAAAUCAUCUCUCGGCCUCGGUGGCAGAGCAGGAUGGUGACACAAAGCUGUGGGGAGCGGUUCGGCUGAGCGCUGGGGGAGCAGAGGAAUGAUUUUCAGAAGGAAUCUAUGCAGUGAAUAUGGCCAACCACUGAGCUGCCUGAUUCUACUACUUCAACUCUGUCCUUCAUCAGAUUAAGUUUUCUUCUUACUUCACUGAGCAGCAACAGCAAUCAUUACCAAGAAAACCUUUUUAACAACCUGGCCCCACCUGAGGAACUUGAUGCUCCACUUCAUACAGAGUGCUUGGUUCUCAGUCUCCUUGCAGAAAAAUAAUGGCUAUUAGGUGACAAGCUCUAACAGAAAAUCACCACCCAGACGUGUGAAACCAGUAACCUAGAAAAAUAUUCCUGCCUGUGCAAAUCUAGCUGAUCUGGUCUGUCAGGAGCAGUUUUGCAACUUAAACUUUGGUACUGAAAAGAUCUGUGCAUUCUUUGAUCUGAGAUGCCUGGGCUGAUGUGAGCUGUGCUGAUCUGUGUUGCUGCAUGAUGCAUGCCUGAAUCUGGUUCAAGCUGAUAAUGACCAAAGUGAUUACUGGAUGCGAAGAUCUGGAUCUUGCUUCCUAUACCUU